UUACAAGAGUAAAAUGGCCAUAACGGUAACAUAGGCCCGCUAGCAGAUACCUUGGCCCAACUAUUAUAGAUUUAAUCAGAAUCUUAUCUGGUUUGACAAAACCAUAUCGGUCGAUUUCUAGAUUGUUAAGACAAAACAUCUUUACCCAAAUCCUUAAACCUCUUCAUCGUCUCUAUCCUUCAUCUCAGAAGCUCAUUCACAUCCCAUCUCUCUACUUCAAACAAACAAACAAUGGCCUUCUCCUCCUGUCUCAAACUCUAUCCUUUCUCCAUCUCCCACUCCCUAACUCUAACCCACCAAUCCUUCUCUCUCAAACCCACUCCUCCUCCUCCCUCCACCGUCUCCUUCGCUCUCUCCUCUACCUCCGUCAACCUCCUCGACUCCCUCCGUAGCCAGCCCGACGACUCCUCCGCCCUCCGCCUCUUCAAUUCCGCCUCAAAACACCCCAACUUCUCCCCUGACCCUGCUCUCUACGACGAGAUCCUUCUCCGGCUAGGCCGCUCCGGCUCCUUCGACUCGAUGAAGAAGAUCCUCUCCGACAUGAAGAACACCUCCUCCUGCGAAAUGGGUACUUCUCAAUUCUUGAUUUUGUUAGAGAGCUACGCUCAGUUCGACUCCCACGAAGAGAUUCUCGUCACUGUUCACUGGAUGAUUGAUGAGUUCGGGUUAAAACCCGAUACCCAUUUCUACAACCGGAUCCUGAACCUCCUCGUCGACGGCAACAGUUUGAGACUCGUUGAGACUGCUCACGACCAGAUGAGUGUCUGGGGGAUUAAACCAGAUGUCUCCACGUUCAACGUUCUCAUCAAAGCCUUGUGUAAAGCUCACCAGCUUAGACCAGCUGUUCUGAUGAUGGAGGAUAUGCACAGUUACGGUCUUGUCCCUGAUGAGAAGACUUUCACUACGAUUAUGCAAGGGUACAUCGAAGAAGGUGACUUGGACGGUGCGUUGAGAAUAAGGGAGCAGAUGGUUGAGUUAGGGUGUUCUUGGUCUAACGUCAGUGUUAAUGUGAUUGUUCAUGGGUUCUGUAAGGAAGGGAGAGUUGAGGAAGCUCUUAAUUUUAUUCAGGAGAUGUCGAAUGAAGGCGGGUUUUUCCCUGAUCAGUACACGUUUAACACGUUGGUUAAUGGGUUGUGUAAAGCGGGGCAUGUGAAGCAUGCUAUUGAGAUUAUGGAUGUGAUGCUUCAAGAAGGGUAUGAUCCUGAUGUGUAUACUUACAACUCGGUGAUCUCUGGUUUGUGUAAAUUGGGAGAGGUGAAAGAAGCGGUGGAGGUUCUUGAUCAGAUGAUUAGUAGAGACUGUUCUCCAAACACGGUUACUUACAACACUUUGAUCAGCACAUUGUGCAAGGAGAAUCAGGUUGAAGAAGCUACGGAGCUUGCUCGUGUUCUCACCAGCAAAGGGAUUCUUCCUGACGUCUGUACAUUCAACUCUUUGAUCCAAGGCUUGUGUUUGACUAGGAAUCACCGUGUCGCGAUGGAGCUGUUCGAAGAGAUGAGGAGCAAAGGAUGCGAGCCUGACGAGUUCACGUACAACAUGUUGAUCGAUAGCUUAUGUUCUAAAGGAAAGCUAGAUGAAGCGCUAAACAUGCUUAAACAGAUGGAAUCUAGUGGCUGUCCGCGGAGUGUGAUAACUUACAACACUUUGAUAGAUGGGUUCUGCAAAGCCAAUAAGAUCAGAGAAGCUGAGGAGAUAUUCGAUGAGAUGGAAGUGCAUGGGGUUUCAAGAAACUCGGUGACGUACAACACACUCAUCGAUGGGCUUUGUAAAAGCAGGAGAGUAGAAGACGCGGCUCAGCUCAUGGAUCAGAUGAUAAUGGAAGGACAUAAAGCUGACAAGUUCACUUACAAUUCACUUCUAACACAUUUCUGCAGAGGAGGUGACAUCAAGAAAGCUGCGGAUAUAGUGCAAGCCAUGACCUCAAACGGGUGCGAACCUGAUAUAGUGACGUAUGGGACCUUGAUAAGCGGGUUGUGUAAAGCUGGUAGAGUCGAAGUUGCAAGUAAACUCUUGAGGUCGAUUCAGAUGAAAGGGAUUGCUUUGACACCGCACGCUUACAACCCUGUGAUUCAAGGGCUGUUUAGAAAGAGGAAAACAACUGAAGCUAUAAACUUGUUUAGAGAAAUGCUUGAGAAGAGUGAAGCAGGACCGGACGCAGUCUCUUACAGGAUCGUGUUCCGUGGGCUGUGUAAUGGAGGCGGGCCAAUCCGUGAAGCAGUUGACUUUCUUGUUGAGCUGUUGGAGAAAGGGUUUGUGCCUGAGUUUUCUUCGUUGUAUAUGUUGGCUGAAGGUCUUCUGGCGUUGUCGAUGGAGGAGACACUGGUUAAGUUAAUGAACAUGGUGAUGCAGAAAGCGAGAUUCUCAGAGGAAGAGGUUUCAAUGGUGAAGGGUUUGAUUAAGAUCAGGAAGUUUCAAGACGCUUUGGCUACUCUUGGUGGUGUCUUGGACAGUCGCCAGCCGAGGAGAACUUUCAGGUCAAGAUGAUGAUGAUUAUACCUUGGAGAAGGAUGUUCACUUUCUAAAUUUUUUAGACCAUAUGAGAUGUUAUGAAUAUAGCAAUCAUAAUACAGUCAUUAAUCAUGUCAUUACGAACAAGAAAGACAGUUUUGGGGAAUGAAAAAAGAAUGUUUAGUUGUGUGA